AGUGAGUGUGAGAGAGUGUUUCUGGGAUCGGAGCGCAUCCAUUUCCGCUCCACACUGGUGUUCUUCCUGGUUGUGGACUCGGCAGAAGCAGCGACGUCUCGGCGGCUGGGCUAACGAGCAAGUUCGUAGCAUGAUCCCAGCGAGUGCCUAGUACCUCAGGGUGACCGUGGCGAUACGUUACCCGGCGGGCGGUCGUCGGCACAGGCGCCCCUUCUAGAGCUGGAAGCCCCUGCAAUGCAGCUUUCAGUCUGACUCGGUGAAUGCAUGUAGUCCAAGAUGCCCGACUGCUGUGCCGCAGCGAAUUGUAAGCAGAGUACGGAUCAGGCAAACGUCUCUUUCUUUAGGUUUCCCCUAGACCCCGAGCGGUGCAAACAAUGGGUGGGUAACUGUCGCAGACCCGACCUGCAGACUAAAACACCUGAAUACUUGCACAGAAACUUCAAACUGUGCUCAAAACAUUUUGAGGUGUCAAUGAUACACAGAGAAAGUGAACUUAAAUGUGUUUUGAAGGAUGGUGCAGUUCCGACUAUAUUUGACUUUACAACCAACAAAGACAAUGCACAAAACAGCAGCAGAAAAAGAGCUAGACCACCGGCUGCAGGACAUCCUGUGGAAGCAAAGAAGGCAAAAGAUGAUCCACAGGCUACAGUGGUUAGACAGAUACUGUCAGAAGACCCAGCAGAUAACAGUGCGAUGCAGGAUCCUGCCCAAGAGGACCUGGAUAAGGAGGAUCCUGCUACUUCCAAAGCCAAGGAAACCCUGAAGGUCUACUUCAAGGAAACCUUAGCUUUCACUGGCUUCAGCAUUGGCAACAAUGCAGCCAUCAGUGCUACCAAGUCAAUGGGGAGUGGCCCUGUUGGCCAGCUUGGCGUCAACCCCGUCUGCGCGGAAAAGAUCGAAUCGAAGGAAGUGCUAAAGCUAGGCGAGGAUGUGAUGUGCGAGGAGAUCCGCAACAGUUUACGCAUGGCUCGCUUUUUCUCCAUCCUUCUCCAAGACAAGACGAACAUAGAGGGCAAAGAUCAGAUCCCGGUGUUCGUCCGUUCGGUCACCAGUGACGGCUUUCCGCAGAAGCACCUGAUGGGAUUCCUGCCCUGCGACGUGGACUCCGACUGCCUGUUCCUCAUGCUCGUGUCUGAGAUCCGCGGGAGAUGGGGUCUGCGGAUGGAGCACUGCCGAGGGUUCACUUACCUGACAACAGGCAGCCUGUGUCAGAAGCUGAAAGAGCUCUCCUGCAGGAUACUGCGGGAUUUCCCACAGGUUGUCCUCGCACCAAGUGACCCUUACGCGUUCAACCUCUGGCUCAUUCGCUCCUUGCCCGUCCUCUCCAUACAGGAUGUGGUAGAUACCGUGGAGGAGGUUGCUGCCCUCUUGAGGCAGUCUUCAACGCUGACAAAGAAGCUGCAUGCUAAGAUUACCGUAGCGUACAGUCACAUCAAAGGUGAGGUGGAUCGCGUCAAAGACGCUUGUCAGAACAACUGGGAAUAUGGUACAGACGCCUUCCAGACCAUGCUGGACAUUCUGGAGCCUCUUCUAAACAGCAUAGGGGAAAUGUGCACCAGUGCUUUGUCAGACGUUGACACCGCUAUUGUGGAACAGCUCCUUAAGCUGAAGGAGAAGCUGAAGAACUUCAACUUCAUCAUGACCCUGGUGGUCCUGAAGAACACCCUGUGUUGCGUGAGCAUCCUGAACCCAAGCCUGAGGGGGAUAAUAAGCAUCAGCAGUACCUUGCAGUAUACCAUCUCUAACGCCUUAAAGCUGCUCAGCAAACACCUGCAGGAGAUUCCCAUAUUCCACAGGAAGUGGUUCUCUGACGCAGUGGGUCGGGCCAAGAAACUCGGAGUUGCGGUGACCCUCCCCGCGGACACGGCCACAAACGGCGACGCCGAGGCCAAGCCCCCGCCCUCGCCAGAGGAUUACUACCGGGACACUCUGAGCAAGAUGACCCUGCAGUACCUCAUCGACGAGGUUAAGAGGGUCCUCGGCACCGAGAUGGUCAGGAUCCUGAGAUGGCUCUCUCUGGUGCCGUCGUACAUGGCCGACCACAACUUCAGCAUCCGCAAAGACAAGGUGGCAGACGCCAACCUGAACAACCUGGCCCGCCCGGACUCUUUCUACGACGAGCUGGGCUGCUGGGAGGUGAAGUGGAGACACGCCAGCAAACGAAGGAUCCUGCCCACCACCGUCUUUGCCACCCUGAAGAUCCCUGACAUCGGCUUCUAUCCCAACGUGCAGAGCCUGCUGAGAGUCCUGGGUUCCAUCCCCUGCAUUAAUGCAGAUGCGGAUGUGUACGGGCAGUACGACAUGGUGCUGGACAGGUAUCACUCCUACAUGAGGGAGGUGCCAGCAGAGAUGAGACUGUGCAACAUGGCGUUUGUGUACGUCAAUCAGGAUGUGCACUUCAGCAUUGAAGAUAUGGUGCAGUCAUAUGUGGAUAGUCAUCCAGACAUACUCCAGCUGCUCCAUAAGGAUGAUAUGAUGGACAUUCAGCCUUCAGCAGCAGAAAACAGUUCAAAUGAUGUCACAAAGGAAGAUACGGAAGAACCACAAGAAAUGACCUUGGAUAUGGAGUUAGAGAGACCGAAAGCAGCUGACUGUACAGGAACUGAUAAAGAGACAUUAAAAUCAGCCUUGCAGGCUGCUAUCACCGCGGCCUGCUGCAGCCGAGACAGGACGUCUCAGGGAAGCCAUGGGGGAGAGGUUGAAUAUGUGACCAAAUCCGAAAUGAAUGAAGUUUUGGAAGUGUGCGAGGGUGUUGUGCGUGAGGGAAUUCUCUCUGAAGUGGGAAACUCGUUCUUCUCCCUGUUCGUUGAUCGGGCCGUGAGGUUUGGAGAAAUGGACCUUCUCCCUUUGUUUCUCAGGUUUGUGGACAGUUUUGAUGUCAUGCGGCUGGAGCUGAUGGGAUUUGUAGAUGUGAACCUUGACACAGAAGCCAUGUGCGAGCGUCUUUUUGACAUCGUCGUCAAAGAGUGGCGUCUAAAUUUGAAAUAUUGCAGAGGCCAGGCUUACUUGGGUUCUGGUGAAGUCUCUUACAAGCUCAAGGCUUUUGCAUGCAAAGUGCAGGAGAAAUACCCUCUUGCGAUAUGCACUCACAGCUCCUGUUACUCUUUCAACACGUGGUGGUCAAGGUCUGUUCCUGUGCCAUCGGUCAGCAGAGCCCUCGAUACAUUAGAAAAGAUAGUUGUGUUCUUCAGCAGUACAGCUGACCUCGAGAAACAGCUAGACCAGAUUAUAGCCAUUGGUCUGAGGGAGAACUAUGAGAAAGUUCAUGAGCUUCAAGGGAUGUUCUGCUCCUCUUGGCUUGAGAAGCAUGACUCUUACGAUGUUUUUGCUCAGAUUCUGGAACCUAUAGCAGACAGUCUAGAGAGGUUUCAGUGCAGCAGUCCACAGAUAUGGAGUUUAGCUGUGAUCAACCAAGCAAAGAAGCUUGUGCAACUGAUUAGAGACUUUGACUUCAUUGUAGCAAUGGUUGCCUUGAAGAACGUCUCAUCCUUCACCAAAGAGCUCAGCGCAGCCCUGCAGAAAGACCAUUUCAGUGCUGCUUCACAGCUCUGUCAGAUCAGUGGUAUUGUAGCAACACUCAACCGAGUGAAGACCAACAUCAAAGUGUUCCACCAAAAUUGGUUUGAUGAAGCCUGUGCCUUUGCUCAAAGCUUAGGUGUGCCGAUUAAAGUGCCUGAUAGUGUAACAGUUCCCAGGGACAGCCUGCUAAAACCGGGUACGUACUACAAAGAUGCAGUUAGCCUUCCUUUAGUUGACCACCUCAUCAACUCUGUCAAGGACCAUUUUUCAGACGACCACAAGGAAGCCCUCAACUUCUUAUCCCUGGUCCCUUGUUCUGUGACGGUGAGCUACACUUUUGAGAGCCUGAAGUCAAAACCGCCAUUGUAUGUCAGCGACCUUCCAGAUCCUGACAACUUCUUCACUGAGCUUUCCUGCUGGAAAGUAAAAUGGAAGACCAAAGUUGUUUCUCCAACUAUACCAGAUACGAUUUUUCAGACUCUCCGCCUGCCGCUCAUGCAGUACUUUGCCAACAUUAACACGCUGCUGAAGAUCAUGUGUGUGUUACCGAGCACUGCCCUGGAAUACUGUGGCGAGGUAAAGCACCAUAAAAUGUUCGAAGAUUACCUGAGAAACACCUGUGCCAAGGACAGGUCUCCAUGCUUAGCCGUGCUACAAGUGGGCACAAAUUUUAACAGAGAUCUGGACAGGAUGGUUGCCCAGUGCCUGAAGGUCACUCCAAAGACCCUGGAGGGUAUCUGCCUGGACAAAGAGUCCAAAACACUCUUGAGGAAUUCUGAAGUAAAGGUGGAAGACAACCAUAAAGAUGAAGUAGAGGAAAUGGACACUCAGCAGAUCUUUUCACAGAUCAAAUCAGCUGAAAUGCUGCCAGAAAGUUCUGAGAUAAAGACAGAAGACAACCACAGUGCUGCUGUAGAAGAAAUGGAGGCCCAGCGGGUGUCGGAGAUGCUGACUGAGGUAGCCAUGGAGGAGCGGCCGGUGAAGCCGUUGGAUGAGCGUGCUCACCUCGACCGACCUGUGGACAGUCUCCAGAGCAGCGGCGCCAUCUUUGGACUGGCUGUCCGACUGGCUCGGAGAAACUGCCUUUUAUCAGAGCUCCCAAAAGAAGAGCAGGAUCUCAUCAUUGAAGAGCUUCGCCAGUGUCCCUGGGAGCAGCAGAAUGUUGAGUGCUUAUCAGACAUGGAGCUGUCGGAGAGCAUUGUGAAGUCCAUCCGGGAAACAAUCCUCUCAGAGGUUCAGGAAUCCCCAUUUUUUUCUGUUAUCACUGAUAAAAUGGUGUUGGUAGAUGACGAGAAGUACAUUCCUGUCUUUGUCAGGUAUGUUGAUGAUUGCAUGCCUAAAGUGGAGCUUUUAGGGUUCCUGCCCUUUGAUGGAAGUUCUGACCCAGAUGCCCAGGCCAAGAUUCUCUCAGACAUCCUCUCUGAGGACUGGGGACUCCAAAUGGGCUUCUGUCGUGGCCAGUCCUUCAUGUGCAUGGGUGCUGGGAGUCAAAGUCUCAGAAAAAUGGCUUUGGGCUUCUUGGAGAGCUAUCCACUUGCUGUUAACACACCUAGUGAGUCCUGCGGACUUGCCUAUUGGCUGGCAGUAAGCCUCCAUAACGAAGCCAUCACAAAGGUUCUUGGUGUAGUUGAGGAUUUGUUACUUUUCUUUGAUCAGUCACCAAGACUGCACAUUGAGCUUUCUCAGACUAUGGAAGGUCUUUUGAAUACCCCUCGAGAAGCUCUUGCCGAGGUCCCAGAGACAUGUUUGUCAAGGUGGAAAAAGACAGAAGAUUUUUUUGACAUUCUGGUGGACAUGUUGGAGGGAGCGUUAAGCUGUCUGGACUCAGUUAGCAACAAUACUAAUGGGUCAUGGAGUAACAGCAUGUCAAUCCAUGCCCUUAUCCUUUCUACAGCCAUUAGGGAGUCUGAUUUUGUCAUUCCUUUAGUGAUCUUGAAAAAUGCGUGCGCUCCCCUGCGCAACUGCAGCACGGUCUUCCGUUGUGGAAACCCAGCUGACAUCAUCUGCGAGCUGGAGAAGAUUCCUCUCAUAGUAGAGUCCCUUAGUAAAAUGCUGGAGAACAUCAGUGUAGUUCACGUCUCCUGGUUUGAGGAGGCCACACAGCUUGCUGUUAAAGUUGCCGGGGCAUUGUCUUAUCCAGAGACACUUGGCGGCUGUGAAUCACUGGAGGUGGCAUACAGAGAAACAGUUAGCAUACCGGUCCUAAGUGGACUGAUUGAAGAAAUGAAGUUCAACUUUUCAGAGUGUCAUCUGAGGGCCCUCAGAGUUCUUUCUCUACUUCCGACCUGCAACCCUCUGCCCAUUCUACCGGAGGCAUCAGAGAAAAUCUACACAAUCUACCAAAGUGAUUUACCUGAACCAGACAAGGCAGAGGAAGACAUUAAUACCUGGGCCAGUGCUUGGCAAGAGAAGCAUCAAGACACGUCACCACCAGCCUCGAUCUCAGAGACACUGCUCCAUCCUGAAGCUAAAGGUCACCCUAAUGUCACAGCUCUCCUAAAGCUUGUAGCAGUGCUACCUAGUGUCAGCAUGGAGUGUGACCUGAUGAAGACCACCUUAAACUCUUUGAGGACCUUCCUCAAGAAUGACAACAUCUGCAGAGCUAGCAAAACCACCACCGUAAUGCUCCUCAUGCACCGCCAAACACUGCAGACUUUGGAGGAAGUAGUUGACAAGUGUAUGGAAAGUGACCCAAAGAGUCAUGGCUUUCUUUCUCAUGUGAAACAGUGCGUCAGCAAUAUGAGAGAAGAUAGUGAGCUUGGUGAGGUUGCGUCACAGGAAAGAGCCACUGAGACGCAGGGUUCUGGUGCGUCACAGGAAGCAAAGGGUCUAGCUCCAGCUUUCGCACAGAACCAACCCGGCCCUACCACUCAGUGUGACGUUGGAGAGCCAAGUUCUUCAGCAUUAAAUGAUGCCACUGGGACUCCAGAGGAUUAUGUCACGGAUACAAAUGCUUCCAGUAGCACAGAGACGAUCCAGUGUCCUCCAGUUGAUAUGGCUGACCUGCAAACGGUUACAUUAGCAGAUGACACUCACAAGGAUUCAUCUGCAGUGAGCCCUUCUUACCAUGCAGCAGGAGGCCAGGAGCUUUCCAUGGAGCCUCAUUGCAUAGGCCAGGAUGUCCUUUCAGAGCCGGUGACAUCAAUUCAGGGCAUCACCAUGGAACUCUCAGUGGCAGCCCAGGGUACCACAAUGGAGCCUGUAACAGAAAUGGCAGGCCAGAGUGUAACCAGAGAAGUUGAUGCAGCUGCUGAGGAUGUCACCAUGGAGCUGGCAGUAGCAGCCCAGAGUGUCACCACAGAGCCUGUAACAGAACAGGGUGUUACUACAGAGCCUGUUACAGCAACUGAGGAUGUCCCAGCAGCAGUUCAGACUGUUACCACAGAGCUUGCAAGAGUAAUUGCAACCCAGGGUGUUGCUGCACCACUUGUAACAGAAAUGGCAACCCAAGGUGUUGUAACCGGGCUUACUGCAGCAGCUGAGGAUGUCCCCACGGCGCUCACAGCAGCUGUACCGUAUGUCACCACAGAGCCUGAAACGGACAUGACAGGUCAGGAUGUCACCACAGAGCCUAUAACAGAAAUAGAAGCCCAGAGUUUUAACACAGAGCCUCUUAUAGCAGUCAAGGAUGUCAUGAUUGAGCUCACAGCAGCUGUGCCGCAUGUCACCACCGUUCAUGUAACAGAAAUUGCAGACCUGGGCGUCACUACAGAGCCUGUGAUAGAAAAAGCAGCCCAGGGAGUUGCCACAGAGCCAGUUACAGCAGCUGAGGAGGUCACCUUGGCCUUUACAGCACCAGUGCAGAAUGUCACCAAAGAGUCUGUGACAGAGAUGCCAAUUGAGAGUGUUACCGUAGUGCCUGUUACAGCAGCAGAGGAUAUCACCAUGGAGUUUACAGAAGCAGUGGAGAGUGUCACCACAGAGCCUGUAACAGAAAUGGCAGUCCAGGGUAUUACCACUGAGCCUGUUGCAGCAGCUGAGGAUGUCGCCACAGAGCUCCUAGCAGCACAACUCGAUGUCACCACAGAGCUUGUACCAGAAGUAGCUGCCAAGGGAGCGGCUAUUGGGCCUGGUGUUGCCAUGGAUGUGGUUAGUGUAGUCAAGGAUGCCAUCCCAGAGGUCUCAACAGCCAACCAAAGUAUGAUUAUUAACCCUGUUAAAGCUGCCCAGGAUGUUGCUAGUGAGUAUAUGAUGACUGAACAAGCUGCCACUGCAGAGCGAAUAAUGGCUCCUCUGGCGGUUACCACAGAGGUCGCCACACGGGCUCAAGAAGAAACACAGGAACAUGUUGCAGCAUCCGAAGAUUUCUCCAUGGAGGUCAUCUCAGCAUCCCAGGAUGCUUCUCUGGAAGCUACAAAAGAAGACAGAGAACAGGUAUACAUAGAAACUGGUGUUGCCAUGGAGCCUACAUCUGAUGACAGUGUAACCCAGCAUGUUACAUCAAGCCAAUACAUGAUGCAAGUCACCACAGACACCCAGGAUAUAUCCAUGCAGCCAAUCACAGAAGACCAGUAUGUCACUUCAGAGUGCACAACUGCAUCACUGGGACCUGCCACUGAGGCUACAGCAGAUCAGGGUGUGACCCUAACAGCCGAAGAUCAAACCCAUGAGCAUAUUACAGGAUCCCAAGAUAAUUCCAUGGUAAUCAACUCAUCAGACCAGGUUGUUUUUAUGGAACCUAUGAAAGAAUCCACAGAACAUGUAAUUGCAGCAGCAGGUGUUGCCAUCAACCCUCCCUCUGAUGAAAAUAUAACCCACGAGCAUGUUACUGCAUUCCAAGCCACCUCCGCAGCUCAGGAUGUGUCCAUCGAACCCAUAAAAGAAGCAAGUUGUGUCUUAAGAGAGCAUAUAACUGCAUCGCCAUGUCCUUCCAUAGAGCCCACAGAUCAGGGUGUAACCCAAACAGCCCAAAAUGUAGCACAGGAACAUGUUACAGUAUACCAUGAUGUCUCCAUGGAAAACAUUUCAGAACAGCAAGACCAUGAUGCUUUCAUGGCUCCCUUAAAGGAAGUGCAAGGUGUCACCAUAGAGCAUAGAAGUACAGAAGAUGCUGCCGAGAAGCACACAGCAGCCCAGGGUGGGAGCACUGAACUGGUGACUUCAGCCCAGGGUGGCAGCACUGAACUGGUGACUUCAGCCCAGGGUGGGAGCACUGGUCCGGAGACUGCAGCCCAGGGUGCGGGGCCUGAUCCGGAGACUGCAGCCCAGGGUGCGGGCCCUGAACCCACAAACGCAUCUCAGUUGGUCCCCUUAGAGCAUGCAUCAGAAAUAGUGAGUGUUGCCAUAGUACAUUCAGUGGUAGGUCAGAAUAACUCUACAAAGCCUAGAGAAGACCUCCAGGACGUCACCAUGGAAACCAGAGAUAUAGCCCUGCUUCACCUCACAGAAACUAUAACAGCAGUCCAUGAUGUCACCAUGGAAUCCACAUCAGGGUACCAGUCCAUUAUCAUAGAGCCCCCAAUUUCUAACCAGUGUGACACAUUGAAGCCCACAAUAGAAGUUUCUGUUAAAUCCUUAACACCAGUCCCAGAUAUUACCACCAAACCUGCAGAAGGCCUGUCUUGCACUACAGAGCCCUUGGCAGCAAUUCAAGAUAUCAACAUGGAGUCUGUUACAGCAGAACAAAGUAUAACUGCAGGGAGUUUAAAAGAAGCUGAGGGUGUCAACAUGGACCUCACACAAGAAACUCAGGAAUCCAUAGUAAUGACCCAUACUGACACCACAGAAUUAAUUGUAGCUGCUCGAGAUGUCACUGAAGAGACUGUUUCAAAAUCCAAACAUAUGUCCAUACUACCUGUAGCAACUGUCCAGGCUGUUGUUGUGGAGCCUGUGAUACAGACCCAAGGUGUUUCUGCAGCACCCAUAGUAGAGUCCAGGGUUGUCAACACAGAAGCUGAGAAAGGAGGCCAGGAUGUCCCCAUGUGUCCCGCCACAGGAGGCCAGGAUGUCCCCAUGUGUCCCGCCACAGGAGGCCAGGAUGUCCCCAUGUGUCCCGCCACAGGAGGCCAGGAUGUCCCCAUGUGUCCCGCCACAGGAGGCCAGGAUGUCCCCAUGUGUCCCUCCACAGGAGGCCAGGAUGUCCCCAUGUGUCCCGCCACAGGAGGCCAGGAUGUCCCCAUGUGUCCCGCCACAGGAGGCCAGGAUGUCCCCAUGUGUCCCGCCACAGGAGGCCAGGAUGUCCCCAUGUGUCCCGCCACAGGAGGCCAGGAUGUCCCCAUGUGUCCCGCCACAGGAGGCCAGGAUGUCCCCAUGUGUCCCGCCACAGGAGGCCAGGAUGUCCCCAUGUGUCCCGCCACAGGAGGCCAGGAUGUCCCCAUGUGUCCCGCCACAGGAGGCCAGGAUGUCCCCAUGUGUCCCGCCACAGGAGGACAGGAUGUCCCCAUGUGUCCCGCCACAGGAGGCCAGGAUGUGUCUGAGUCCAUGGCAACCGCCCACGGUUCCAAUCCACAAACUAAAGAUGUUACCAGUCAGGAUAUGGCAGCAGCAGUGGGUGACAGAAGUCAGAUACAAGUCUGUCCUCCAGAUGAGGCCAGCCCUACAGGUCAAGAUGGCAUGGAUCCACUCAGAGAUGACGUUCAGGACGGUGCUGACAGUCCUAUUCCAGAAACUCAGGCUGCCAUAUCUCAAGCCCCUACAGUAUCUCAGAGUGAUGCAGACCAUUCUACUGCAACUUCAGUUGAGACCUUUACAGAACAAGAUAACAUAAUUGUUCAUGAUGUCAGUCAGUCCUAUGCAAUAGUUCAAGAUGGCAAGGCUCACCCCAAAGCAAUCAGACACGCAGUGGGUCAGGGUGACUUUCACCAGCCUGUUGUGGUUGCCCAUGAAAACAUUGUAGCUCCUAAAGGGACAUUGUCUUUCUAUAAUACAGCUGCUCAAGCGGCACGUCGUAGAGACCUUGAAAAUUCAAGAUUAUUUUCCAUAAUAUUUGAAGAGCAGAUACAGAUUGGAGGUCAUCCAUAUAUCCCUGUAGGUAUCUGCUACCUAGAUAAACAUGAGACACUCUGUGAGGAUAUAUUAGCGUUUGUCCCACUUGACAAAGAUGUCGCUGUCUUUGUUGAUGCCAUAACAGCAGCUCUCGCUGAGAAGUGGGGUUUGAAUUUGGCUUUCUGUCGAGGACAAAGCUUACUGAGCGUUGGUGCUACAGGUGCACAAAUGAGAGCAGCAGCAUCGCUGCUGUCUCGGAGGUAUCCACCAAUGCGACGCACUCUCGACGCCGCUGUGUCCCUCAACAUGUGGUUGGGCAGAUCAUCUGUGGUCACCGAGAUGGCAGAAAACUUCAAGCAGGUGGAGAAGCUGCUCCGAUGGGUGUCUGACAAUGCAGAAAGACAGGCGAAUCUACGAAACCAGAUCAUGUCUACAUUCGAACAGGACGAAAAGAAGGGCAUUGAACUGAGCGAUAAGCUAAUUGGAAACCAAUGGGAGAAUAGUCACGACAUGCUGGAGCUUACGGUCGAGGUUCUGGAAGCAGUCGUGCUCUUUUUGGUUGGGAUGAAGGAAAGCGGUGACAACCAGGCAGAAAAGACACAGGCUGUGAACUUCCUCAGCAUUUGCCAGAACUUUGAGUUUAUCCUGACAGUGGUCAUAAUGAAAAAUAUAUUGAGCCCCACCAAAAAUGUAAGUCAGAGUCUCCAGGGCGGUCCUCUGGAGAUGUAUCAAGCUGUGAACAGCCUGCCCGAGCUGCUUUCUUUUCUAAACGAUAUGAUCGUUAACAUUGACUCUCAUUUUCAAGCCUGGUUUCAAGAGGCGGUGGAAGUUGCCUCCAAGCUACAGAUCAGCGUUCACCAUGUUUCACAAGAACACUACAGGGAGGCAGUGAGCAGAGGAGCGAUAGAGCACUCCGUCAGUGAGAUAACUGAGGUUUUGUCUGACCACGUUCAGUCGGUCCUUCGCUGCAUGCAGGUUGUGCCUUAUGUCAUAUCUAAGACAGAAGGGUGCUGCAAGGACGCGGAUCAUUUCACGGUAUAUCGGGAUGACCUGCCUGACUGGAACUCUCUCCAGGUGGAGCUGCUAAAGUGGAGGGAGAAGUGGCUAGAUGCACUGUCCACUCAACAGCCCCAGCCCUCCAGUGUUCUAGGCACGCUCAAGGUCCCGGACGUCGGAUCCUUCCCAAACGUCGAGACGCUUCUCCGGCUCCUCGUGGUCUUGCCCUGCUGCAGAAGAGAGGGCUUGAUUGGACAGGGAAAGAAGACUUUUUUGGAAUUUGUCCAGUCCCAGAGGUCCUUACCGUUGCUACAUCCCUUAUAGAGGGUUGCCCUCAAUUUCCCCCAAACUAGCUUUCCAUUAGGGUGUCCUAUACUGCUGAAGUCCUCAGAGAGUGACCCACUGUAUCCACCUUUAUUGUUGAUUUGAAUCUGAGAAUAGGUUUCUGUAGACUUUUUUUUUUUUUUUUUUUUUUAAAAUAGAAAAAUGAAUUAGACUUGUACACAUUACGUAUAAUCUAAUUAUUGUAUGGUUUAUUUUGUCCUGUUUUUGUUUGUUUGUUUGUUUGUUUGUUUUUCCUUUGGUUGUGAUAUGGAAAAAAGAAAGAGGACUACCUAUUGGGACCAAUGUCUUGCCAAAAAAAAAAA